AUGACGAUCGGCGUGCUCCUGGGCAGAGGCUUUGGAAAGUCAGUCGCUUUCCUCAGCUCGACGUCGGCCAUUCCAGACUGGUCUUUCGGCUACCGCGAUUCCGAGCGUGCGAUAUGCUUCCAACAUGUUUUCUUGAAAAGAGGAGGACAAGUAACCGGCUGCACAAGAAUAUACAUCCGCACACUUGAUGAGCGAUAUGGCUACGGCAUCUACACUCUUCCCAUUAUGUGCUGGAAGAUGUACAUUAUUACAUCUCCAUCGAUGGCUUCCGCUCUGAACCGCGUUUCCAAGAAUGUGUCCUUCCGCCCGAUUCAAGUCAGCCUCGUGCAACGCCUUGGAAGCCUACCCCAACAGACCGACAAAAUCAACAGGGCAAACAUGAUGGAUGAGGAGGGCCAUGGACUCAUGGGUGCCAUCCAUGACGUUAUGUAUUCAAUGCUUCCCUCCGGACCUUCUCUGGAGAAACUCUCACAGGCUGUGCUCGACCGUAUUGCCGAAAACCUCCGACACGUUCCCCACGAGAAGAAGGAGUUCGGCUUGUACGAUCUUUGUAAAACCAUCAUGGGACGUUCAACCAUCAGCGCGCUCUACGGCAAAGGAACGUCCCUCGACCAUGCCUCAUUCAUCCCUGCUUACUGGGACUUCGACGACGGCUUGCUUGAAAUCCUUCUAUCCCCGUUUCCCAGCAUUACUCACAAGCACCCCUACUCGGCUCGUGAACAUAUGGUACACCUGUUGCUGAAGUAUUUCGAAAGCAAUCAAGACAGCCAGGCCUCAGAGAUGAUGCGCUCACGCUUCGCCAUAUACCGUAAACACGGCUACUCUAUCGACGGCCUCGCCCGCACCGAGCUCAGCUUCAUCGUUGGCGCCCUCUCCAACAGCACCAUCACCGCCUUCUGGUUCCUCUCGCACAUCCUGUCCGACGCCUCAAUCGUCUCCGAGCUCCGCGCUGAAAUUGCUGCCGCCAUUACCCGUGACGGGGACCAGUGUACUGUAGACGUCGCUGUCCUCCGCUCUACUGCCAGUUGCCCGCUGCUCAAUUCGAUCUUCCGCGAGACCUUGCGGUUGACUAGCACAACCACUGGCUCCCGUCAAGUCCUUGCUGACACGAUGAUCAGCGACCGCUACCUCCUCAAGAAAGGCGCGUACAUUUCCGUUGAGGGGAGCGUCCUACACUACAAGGAUUCCAUCUGGGGACCCGAUUCUGGCGAGUUCAACGCACGCCGCUUCUGUGGCUCGCGGGCUGGUACGAGGGCUGAUGGAAAGGAAAUUCACUCAGCAGCCUGGCGCGCAUUUGGCGGUGGAGAUGUGCUGUGCCCAGGCAGGAAUCUGGCUUUGAAUGAGAUUUUGGGGAUGGCUGUGCCUCUUCUACUGUCAUUCGACUUCACCGGUGCCCACGGCGGUGCGAUAGAGACGCCGCCUGUGAAGGAUGAAGUAAUGCCGGUGGGAGUUCUUAGACCCUCUCACGAUGUCUGCGUUAGAUUUUCCAAGCGUCCAGAAUGGAGUGAAGUUGAAUGGAAGUAUCGCGCAUAA